AUGCCUCUCGCAAAGGAUCUCCUUCAUCCCUCUCCAGAGGAGGAAAAGAGGAAACACAAGAAAAAGUGCCUGCUGCAGAGCCCCAAUUCCUACUUUAUGGACGUGAAGUGCCCAGGAUGUUAUAAAAUCACCAUGGUCUUUAGCCAUGCACAGAGGGUAGUCUUAUGUGUCGGCUGCUUCACUGUCCUCUGUCAGCCUACAGGCGGGAAAGCAAGACUGACAGAAGGAUGCUCCUUCAGGAGGAAGCAGCACUGA